UUAGCACUUGUCGAUGCGCAGUAGUAGCUCGCCCAGGUUCGCGGUAUUAAGGAAGGUCAUCAGACUCGGUGGCUCAACGUUAUAAAGAAUUCCGGUCUAAAGAUCCGUUUAAGAAACCCAAUGGACAAUUUUGAUAACCUCAGUGCGUCGGAGAAGGCGGAAGCGACAGAACUCCAGCGACUGAUCGCUGUAGAACAACAAAAGGCUCAAUUUCAGGCUCAGGUACACACCUUCACAGAUGUCUGCUGGGACAAGUGCAUGGACAGUCCCGGAUCCAAGUUGGAUCACCGGACAGAGAUGUGCCUGGUGAACUGUGUGGAGCGAUUCAUCGACACCACCUUGAGCAUCACCAACCGCUUCAGUCAGAUGGUGCAGAAAGGCACUCAUUAAUGAUGGACCACAUACCUUUUAAUGGACUGUACUAGGAUAUGAAUCCGGUGUGUGUUGUUGGCUAAGGAUGUGAAGACAACAUCGGUGUAUGUGACCUGCUGUCAGGCGAGUGUGUGUCUGCAUGUGGCAGAUUUGUGUGUGAACUGACAGGUUAAUAAUUUGGACGUCCGUAAACUGGAUGAAAGUAAACGUGGGCAGAGAAAACCUCGUCAGAAUGCUUAUUAAUGAAUGUGAUUCUCAGUCCUCAAGUGCACAACAUAUAGAGAAAGUCAGUGGAAAAGUUUUGAGAGCAUUUUAACAAGCUCAUUUCAACUGUUUCAACAUUUCAACCAUACAUUAUAGCGAUCUAAUUUAUCUUAUUUAUUAUGUAUUGUGUAAAACUAAGACAUGAAGAACAUCAAAUUAAAAGCACAAAAUGAAUGCCGACCCACCAUCCACCAGUUCAAGCCUGGAGUUUUUCCAGAGAGAUGAUUACGUCACUGUUUGACGUGUGUGGUAAAAGGCAGUGUGCUAGCAUGAAUUAACUUGAGACAAAUGUGCACAUUAGCACUCAAUAAGUCAUCAAAACUUACCUUUAUGCAUUCCCACAUAGUAUCAGCAUUUGACACCAAAUAUGAGGUGUAAGAAAAAUGAUAAAAAUUCAGUAGUAUAUCUGUGCGGCAUGAGACAAAGUUAGCACACGCAGAGUGGACAUGCGUCAAGUGAGACAGAUGUAACAGAGAGAAUCCGGCGCACUUUUCAAAAUAAAACAUUAAAAAAAAGGAAAUUAUUUGUUCGGGGGUUGGGGAUCACUGACCUAACCCACCAUAAAAAAAAAAACUGGAACGUUUGAACCAUGUGGAAGGUCAUUAUAACAUUUCCGAACUUCAAGUUUUGUGUAUCUUCAAAAACAGCUUCGCUUAAAAUCCUUCGCAAUUUGUCAUCAGCCGUCUGUAGAUCUGCUUCGAAAUUGUGCUCAUUUGGGCAAACUGCCUAUGAGUAGUUCAUUCAAGUACGACCCUUGAAAUUUGCUUCACAUGAAAAUAACCGACCUCCUGUUGGAUUUCAGGCAUGGGUAAUGAAGACUCCUUUGAGCAUCCCGGCAUGAUACAUACAGUGGUGUGAAAAAGUGUUUGCCCCUUUCCUGAUUUCUUUUUUUUUUUUGCAUGUUUGUCACACUUAAAUGUUUCAGAUCAUCAAAAAAAAAUUGAAAAUAUUAGCCAAUGACUGCACAACUGAACACCAAAUGCAGUUUUUAUAUGAAACCUUUUAUUAGUAAGGGAGAAAAAAAAUCCAAACUUACUGUCUACUUACUAUGAGUCGUUCUGGAGAAUAAAGUCGCACCAGGCAAAAAUGCCCAAUGAAGAAGAAAAAAAUCCCUGUAAAUCGCACUGGACUAUAAAUUGCAUUUUUGGGGGGGGGAUUUAUUUUCUAAAAUCAGAGACCAAGAAGAGACAUUUCAUCUUAAAAGGCAAGUUAUAGUAAUAACAAUAAAAUAGAGAAAACAGGCUAAAUCGGCGUCUGUUAAUGUAACGUGAAAGGGUGGUAUGUUAACGUAACAUUAACAGUAAUUCAGAUAACUAUAGCCUAAGCAACCCGCAUAGUCAUCUGCAUUCAUCGCCUUGGCACCUACUUGGGCGUGGAGACGUAACUGCACUGUUGACAAGCCAUUUGUGGCUGUCAUGCGCAUUGCAAAAGUAAGGGGGCGCUGCAGCCACAGACUUAACGCAAUUGUAUCAUUGGUGUAUCAUUCACAAUUGGUGUAUCAUAACAAACGUGGCGAUGUACAGUACAAGCGACAUGUGGACUGCUAGCGAAGUAGUUACUUUUCUGUACGUUAUUUAACAUUUGUCAGGAACUGAAAAUGGAUGUUCUUUAUUAAAAUGUAGCAGGUGUUGAUUAUGACUACAAUGGUGUGAAAUGUAGUUCAAGAACUCCAUCGGCUUUGACGCUUAAAUAAUUGUGUAUGGCAAAUUGUCCUUGUUUAAUCGCUUCCACGACAGUAGUUAUGUGGAACAAGGCAGGCAUAUAAGACAGGGAAGCUUUCAGCGCGCGGGCGAAGCAGCUCAGUCCAACUCAAUCACAAUGUCCUUGCCAUGCGAACAUUCCCACGUCAUUCUUCCAAAAUAACGACAUGCUU